UCAGUUAGUUGUCAGAUGUGAAUUCUGUAAUUGUGAUAUGAAAAUAGUGCUAUUUAAUUAAAAAGGCGGCGAUAUGGAUAUGGACGAGAAAUAUGAAUCCGUUAAAUUAUGUUAUGCAGUUCAUAAAUACUCCAGCUAUUCGGCGAAUUAUGUCCCUCAAAACAUCAUGGUUAACAACCCCUCUGAUCAAUUAUCAAGAUGGUUUACGGACAGUUCAAAUGCCAACAUGCUGCAACCACAAUAUAUUAUCCUCAAGUUAAAAUCCUUGUCAAUAGUAGACACUAUAAUAUUUGGUAAAUAUUUAAAACCACAUGUGAGUGAUCUCAAGAAGUUUCAAGUGUUUGGUGGAACGGAUGAAAAUAACUUUUCUCUACUUUUAUCAGCUGGUCUGAAAAAGGAUAGUGCACCGGAGACUUUCAAACUCAGGAAUAGAACUACGGAAGGACUCUACUUGCCUGUGCAGUACAUCAAAAUUGUUCCCCUACUUUCUUGGGGUCCGGCUUACAAUUAUACCAUAUGGUAUGUCGAAUUGCACGGCACAAAUCAAGAAGAUCUGGUCCAGAAUGCCAUGGAAACUUUCAACUUGCGUAAAGAGGAAGAGGCAGUUCGUAUACUGUUGAAGCAUUUACGCCGGCGACGGUACAAAGACGCGUUCGAAGCGUUAUCCAGGGAAAGCGGCGUCCAGCUCGAAGGACCAACACAGUCCAGGCUAUGGAAUGCAUUGGUCGAAAACGGAGACUACAAGUUAGCUGAAGAGAUUUUAGAAGAGGCUAUGAAUGAGGGUGAGAUGGAUUGGUACCUGUCAUGGCAGCCAUACCAACCGGAAUGGAGGCAGCUGUCGCCUUGCUCGGCGGCGGUGGAGGCGCGGCUGUGCUGCGGAGACAACGUGCCGCCCACGCCGCGCCCUCGCCCACACGAGCUCGCGUGUGCGGACCGCGAGCCCCGAAUGGAGCUGCCAGUUAACACUGCAAGAUCUUAUUACAACUCUUCUGAGUUGCUGAACGGCGGGGCAGUAGGGGCAGGUGCGGCGGGGGUGGAGGGUGCGGAUGCGUGCGAGGCGGGGUGCGGGGGAGCGUGCACGGCGCGCCCCGGACCGCGCGGUGGUCACCAGCUAGUCGUCGACACCAACACAGGUACUCUAUACUUGUUCGGUGGAUGGAACGGUACGGAGGACCUGGACGACCUGUGGAGCUACAGCACGGGUGAGGAGAGGUGGUCGCUGCUGUGCCGACAUAGCAGCCAGGUGGGCGGACCCUCACCUAGGUCUUGCCACAAGAUGGUCUUCGAUCCAGUCAACGAUCGCCUAUACACGCUCGGACGGUACCUCGACAAUGCUCAGAGAGUGCCAGCCAAUAUGAAUAGCGAGCUGUACGUGUACGAUGUGUCGGCGGGGGCGUGGUCUCUGGCGUGCGCAAACACGGCGGGGGCGGGGGGACCGCGCCUCGUCUUCGACCACCAGAUGUGUCUCGACGCUGACACGCAGACCAUAUACGUCUUCGGUGGACGAGUGCUGCCCUCUAACACCGAGGAGCUGGUGAGCCCGCAGUACUCCGGCCUGUACGCGUACUACAUCAGCAGCAACACGUGGCAGCAGCUGCUGGCUGACCGGCACGAGCUGCCCGCACCGCAGCCGCGCGUCUCUCACUCCAUGCUCUUCCAUCCAGUGCAGCGUCGCCUGUACAUGUUCGCGGGGCAGCGCAACAAGGAGCAGCUGCUGGACCUGUGGUGGUGGGACGUGGGCGAGGGGCGGUGCGGUGCGCUGUGUGCCGGCGCCGCCGCCUGCCCCCCGCCCGCCGCCGGCUUCACCCAGCGCGCCACGCUCGAUCCCGACACUGACGAGAUGUUCGUGCUCUCGGGCAUGAGCAAGGAGAAAGACAAGCGCGUGUACAACUCGCUGUGGGUGUUCUCGCUGCGUCGGAUGACGUGGACGUGCGUGUACCGCAACGACAGCGUCACCCCCGCGGAGCCACGCCCACGCUUUGCGCACCAGCUCGUCUACGAUCCUGUUAGGAAGAUCCACUACCUGUUCGGCGGCAAUCCGGGCACGGCGGCCAGCCCGCGGCUGCGGCUGGACGACCUGUGGGCGCUGCGACUGAGGCGCGUGUCUCGCGGCGGAGUGUGGCGCGCUCUCCGUGCCACCCUGCGCGAGGCACACUACCGCGAGAUGGCCGCCGCGCCGGAGCUGCGUCCGCAGGCCCUACAUUACCUGCGGCACGAUCUAAGCGCUGCGCUCGACCAUUGCGACCCCGCACAGGUGUCACAGUUCCAGAAACUGGCGACGGCGCUGUUCACGAGCCCGCCGGCGGAGUGGAACGCCGCAUGCGCACUGACGCCGCACCGCACGCGUACGCUGGCCCGCCGCCGAGCUCGCCGCACGCCGCACGCGGACCUCGCGCACGCUCUCGCUGCGGUGCUAGGCGCGGAUGACUCGUGCCUGGACUCGCCGCAGCCGUUCGAGGAAGUGCGCCCGCCCACGCCGGACACGUGGGACGUGGGCGAAGUGGGCGGGGCGUGUGAGGGCGCGGCCAGUGAGGAGGAGGAGGAGGCGGGGUGGGCGGCGCGCGACGCUCGUGUGCGUCUCUACGACCGCCUGUGCACGUACUUCCGGCCCAGCACGGUGCCGCCGCGCGCUGACGUUGGCGACCUCAUCGCACUCUAAGGCGGGCAAGUUGAAGCAAAAUGCAAAGGAAGUCACCGACUUUGGAGGAAUGAAUGGUUAAAACGUACUGAUGACAUUAUUGUAUCGUAUUAUCUCUGAUUCGGUAAAUUUAUGGUCAAUGAGGCAUUAAAUUACAUUUAUUUUAGAUCUUAUUUAAUUGGAAUAAGGUUUAUUUUGCUUUGUUUUACUGUAUAAUUUAUUAAAUGUACAAUGCGCAUAUUUCAAUGCAAGUAAUAAUUUCGA